GAAUCGGCUUAAAAUAAUUUUUACAUAGACUAUACAAAAUGGCUCAACUUCUUUCCGUGUACGAGUGAGGGAAGAGCGGAGUUUGCAAAGGGCACAUGCUGGGGAUGAUGUGAAAGGUCAACACUCUCGCGAUCCGCAGAAAGGGAGAGUGAAGAGUGGAGAGUGAAGAGUGAAGAAAAGCAAAACGAAGACGCGGCCAUGUGGCCUUCAAUGGGUCGCGGUCGUGGAGCUCCAGUGGGUCUGGUCGUCGCCGCCGAAAGAGAUUAUCUUUGCACUUGCUCGGCGGCGUCGCGAUUGCUUAUGUAACCCCAUGGCUCCCGAGUGGAGACGAGGGCUAUAAAACGGCGCGCAGUCACGAUUGCCGAAUCAUUUCCAGUCGGUCCAGAGGCAAGCUAUCAUCCAAGAGUCCUUGGCAACGAAUCCAGAGAAAUGGCAGCCCGCUUCAUAAUCAGUGCACUCCUGCUGGCCAGUCCGGCUGUUUGGGGCAAGCCCACAUUCGGACGCGAGCACGUCCACAUCCGCAUCCACCUUCCGGAGAGCGGUGGCGACCACGGCGACCACGGCGGCCACGGAGGCGGUGACUUCGGAGGCCACGGAGGCGGCGACUUUGGCGGUCAUGGAGGCGGUGGCUACGAGAUUCACUCUCAUGAUGGAGGCUACAGCGGCGGCGGCGGCGGCGGAGGCGGUGGUCAUGUUAACACCUACGCCGUCAUCACCGAGAAUCACGGAGGCCACGGUUCCGGCGGAUAUAGCUCCGGCGGAUACAGCUCCGGCGGGUACAGCUCCGGCGGGUAUAGCUCCGGUAACGAUGAUGCCAAGAUUGCAGCCAUCGCAGCGGCCGCCGGUUCGUCGUCUGAUCACGGACAUGGCCACAGCCACGGCGGCAGCGGCGGCGGACACGGUGGAGACUACGGUGGCCAUGCCAUCGCCAACAUCGCUGCGAUUGCCGCCACCUCGGACUCCUCCGCCCACGGAGGCAGCGGUGGAUACGGGGGCUACAGCGGGGGCGGACACGGCGGUGGUGGCCAUGAUACCCAGUUGAUUGCCGCUGCUGCCGCCAGUGAUUCCCACGGCUCCGGAGGUUACAGCGGUGGCUCAUCGGGCGGAUACGAUGGCGGCUACUCCGGUGGCUCCUCCUACAGCGCCGGCUCCUCCUACAGCGGUGGCUCCUCUUACAGCUCCGGAGGAUACAGCGGUGGACAUGGCGGUGGCUACAGCAGCGGCGGCGGAUCCAGCUACGAUACCCAGGUGGUGGCCGCUGCUGCUGCUUCCGGCGGUGGCUCCUAUGGCGGAUCCGGAUCCUCCGGCGGAGGUGGCGACGGGUACAGCUACUCGGCGCCAGCUUCCGGCGGCUGGGCGGGAUCCAGCUCCAACUGGAAGUAGGCGGCAAUGUCCGGCCUUGGCCAUCUGGUCGUCUAGUCUACCGCAUAUGCCCUUCAAUUCACUCCAUCCACGGGACUCUUAACUUAUAUACGACUUGUUCGCUCAUCCAUAUUCCACACAUCCUCACGCGAUGCUGAUGUACAAAAUAAACCAUGUUAGUGUAAUAAUUUAA